CUCGCCUUCACUGGCUCCCUCUACACAAAGCGGGCGCCCUGGUUUCGCUCUCGCUUCUCCUCCCCCCCCCCUUCGGUUAUUUCCACGCUGUGGGCAAGAAAAGCUCCCGACUGAACCAGCUGGCAGCCUCCUCAACUCUGCCGCCUCUCGCGUUUGCGAUUGUUUCCUUUAAUCUGAUCCGCUGAUUCAUUUUUAAUAUAUAUAUAUAUAUUUAACGAGUCGCGCUGAAGAUCUGGUCUGUUCCCGUGCUUGGGAGGAGACAGACAAGAGACAGGGCGAAGGCAGGAAGGAAUCCAGUCGUCUCCAUCUGGCUGUGGUGUUUCUUGCCUCUCGGGGAUUUGGAAGGAGAAGAAGGGGCCAAGCAAAGGAAAGAUUCCAGAAAAGCUGCCGGACUGAUCUUCUGCCACCCUGUCCUCUAUAGAAAGGCUGUCGCCUGACAGAGCUAUCUUGGAUCAUGGGGAGCAGUAAGAGCAAACCCAAAGACCCCAGUCAACGGAGACGCAGUCUGGAAUCCACUGAAAACAUCCACGGCUCUGCUUCUCAAACACCCAGCAAAAACACUGUCCCAGAUGCCCAUCGAACACCCAGUCGUAUAUUUGGAAGCACAACUCCAGAACCAAAGCUCUUUGGAGGUUCCAAUACAUCUGAUAUGGUCACCUCUCCUCAGCGUUGUGGAGCUCUGUCUGGUGGAGUCACCACAUUUGUGGCCCUUUAUGACUAUGAAUCACGGACAGAAUCGGAUCUGUCUUUCAAGAAAGGGGAACGUCUCCAAAUCCUCAACAACACGAGAAAGGUGGAUGUCAGCAACCAGAUCUGGUUCAGAUUCAAAGGGCUCCAAAGGGAAGGAGAUUGGUGGCUGGCUCACUCUCUCACAACUGGUCAGAAAGGCUACAUCCCCAGUAACUAUGUCGCACCCUCAGACUCCAUCCAAGCCGAAGAGUGGUAUUUUGGCAAGAUAACCCGUCGAGAGUCUGAACGGCUACUGCUCAAUCCUGAGAAUCCCCGGGGGACUUUCCUGGCAAGAGAGAGUGAGACAACAAAAGGUGCCUACUGCCUCUCAGUCUCUGACUUUGACAACGCCAAGGGCCUCAACGUGAAGCACUACAAGAUCCGCAAGUUGGACAACGGUGGUUUCUAUAUCACCUCCCGCACACAAUUCAGCAGCCUUCAGCAGCUGGUGGCUUAUUACUCCAAACAUGCAGAUGGCUUGUGCCACCGUCUCACCAAUGUCUGCCCAACUAGCAAGCCACAGACACAAGGCCUGGCGAAGGAUGCUUGGGAAAUCCCCCGGGAGUCACUGCGGCUAGAGGUGAAGCUUGGCCAAGGCUGUUUUGGAGAAGUCUGGAUGGGGACCUGGAAUGGCACCACCAGGGUGGCAAUAAAGACUCUGAAGCCUGGGACAAUGUCUCCAGAAGCAUUUCUGCAGGAGGCACAGGUCAUGAAGAAACUGCGCCAUGAGAAGCUGGUGCAGUUGUAUGCUGUGGUUUCAGAGGAACCAAUCUACAUCGUUACGGAAUACAUGUGCAAAGGAAGCCUCCUGGAUUUCUUGAAGGGGGAGAUGGGCAAGUAUCUGAGGCUGCCCCAGCUGGUGGACAUGGCAGCUCAGAUUGCAUCUGGCAUGGCAUACGUGGAGAGGAUGAACUACGUCCACAGAGAUCUCCGAGCUGCCAACAUCCUUGUGGGAGAGAAUCUGGUGUGCAAGGUAGCUGACUUUGGGUUGGCACGACUGAUUGAGGACAAUGAAUACACAGCGAGGCAAGGUGCUAAAUUCCCCAUUAAGUGGACUGCCCCAGAAGCUGCUCUCUAUGGCCGGUUCACCAUCAAGUCAGAUGUAUGGUCCUUUGGAAUAUUGCUGACUGAACUGGCCACAAAGGGCCGAGUGCCCUAUCCAGGUAUGGUGAACCGGGAAGUGCUAGAUCAAGUGGAACGAGGCUACCGGAUGCCCUGUCCCCCGGAAUGCCCAGAAUCUCUGCAUGAUCUGAUGUGCCAGUGUUGGCGGAAGGAUCCUGAGGAAAGGCCUACCUUUGAGUACCUUCAAGCUUUCUUGGAGGACUACUUCACAUCAACAGAGCCUCAGUAUCAGCCGGGCGAGAACCUAUAGAUACGGAGACAGCAUCCCCUUGCCAAAGACUUCUACGCUGCUCCUACCGGAUAUGCACUCAAGAGAGAGACACUGAGACAUACUUGGACCACCACUGGAACACCUGGCAGGUUCUCUUCAUCAAUCUGGGGAUUUGCCCUUCCUUUCAAGGGUUGUACAAGGCCCCUUGCUCUACCAGUGUGGUGCCCUGGGCUGUGUCUGGGUUAACCAAGGCGUCAUGGUUCUACUUUUUAAUAUGAAGGUGGCUGUGGUGCAGCAGAUAGGGUUUCAGAAAAGCCAAGUUAUUCCAGAAGAGAAGAAGCCAAGGGAAAACCGGGGAUCCUCUUCAUGAGGGCUGUGUGCCUUCUAGAGUUUGUCCUCCCUCCAAACUGCUUUUGACUAAAAUCAGAAAGAAUAUGACGGCCUUCCCCUUCCGAUGGCAAUGAUAUGGGCUGCUUUGCAGCCUGCAUGACUUCAAAGCACUUGGGUCAUCUCUGAGGUGAUGCUAUAGAAUAAUGCCUUUCGGAUUCAUAUGGCUUAUGUUCUCCUUAGUGUAUAAAACCAGCACAAUUUCCCCUGUCCUCAUAUCCAGUUCCUGGAACUGGAUUGACUGCUUCACUCCAGGAAAAAUAAUAAUUGUAGCUCACAUAUAUUAUGGACACUUCGUUUCCAUGUAUUUGUGUGUGUGUGUGUGUUUUAAAAAACAGCCACUAUUUUCUUCUGUGCCACUGAAGAUGAGUUUGUGCCACUGUCCACCCCGUUUUGUCUUAUUCGUGUGGGGUGCACUUGCAGAUCUUAGCCAUAUAAUGAGAUGGAGUGGAGAUGCUGGGCUCGUCUGGAAGAUUUGCAGUGUGCUUGGUUUGGUUGCUCUGCCUUCUUUUUUGUGGGGCUGCAGCCAGCAAUUCUAUUUACAAUGCUUGUGGUGCCAGUGAUGUUUUAUGAAUUUUUCUGGACUAUAUUAGAUCUUGGACUGCAGGCUUGCCUUCCAGUCUAACCUUUCAACCCAGUUGUGAAUACUGAUUUAUUAGAUCUGCAAAAAGGAAUAGUCUGGCUGGGACAUACUCCUUUCUUUCUCCACGCCAUCCUCCAAGUGCCAUCUUUGAGUCUUGCCCAGGUGACACUAAUCUUCCACAUCGCAUUCUAACAUUCAUUAAGCACACAGUUUCUUCUCUUUUCACAUGGAUGCAUUUCAUCAUAACCUAUUCUGGGGCUCCUUAAUGCUGCUGGGUAAACUCCAGCUGAAGAAAUUGUUCUAUAAGUUCUGCAUAGCGAGUGCAGUUCUACUUCAUGCAGGGUAAAAGGGUCCUUGCAGUGUCCCGUUCUCUGAACCAUAUAAUAUCCAUCCUUGGCCUGAUCUCUGCUCAGAGGCUAGAAAGCACCCCCAUCCUCUGCUACAAUUUAUGAUUGCAGCACACAUAUUUAAGGGAGGGGCCCAACGACGGCAAGUUAGCAAAGCCCACAGAGCUCUGCAAAACCUGAUUUUUUUCCUGGAGCACUUAACUUGCUUCCCGAUCUGUAUAUGAUCUGGGAGUGCGCUUGCUAGAGAGAUUGUUAGGUCAAGGGUUUAACCCACUCUCCUGUUCUAGAAAGCACACACAAUAGCUUGCAAAAUUACCCCUCCCAAGCUGCUUUUCACUCAUGGGGCGGGGGGGGGGAGGAUAACUGUGUGUGGGUGUGGUUUUGUGUGGGAAAAUAACUGGUAAAGGGUUAAGCAUAGGUGCACAUGCAUAAGCAUGCAGACACCCUGGGGAUAUUCCUCUGCUUAGAACUCACAACUUGAAAGGCAGUUUAAAAUUUAAAGAAAAAAGUCAGAGAAGUGAUCCACACAACUGCAUGCAAUGUGUAGUUUGGCCUUCAGAGACCUUGUUCAUGGGGGCUCAGGCUCCUGCUGGAUCACACACAGUGCAAGCUCUUCUUUGAUCAUUUUUAUUUUAUUUUCCAUGAAUUCUGCAAUAGCUUUCCAUUCUAACUUCCAUCCCGCUGCACAUCAGAACCUGUUUUAACAGUGACAGGCAUCUGAACAGCUGAUUGAAGCUUAAAUUCUAGCUUGCGCAUAUGCAGUACAAAUCAAUUUGGGAAUAUUUGCAUUGUGUGGGGGGUGGGGAGGGAGGAGCUCCUAUAAUCAACAGUCCGUUUUAAAGUCCGUAAGGCAUUGCUUCUUUGUUACAUGCCAAAACUAUCCCUUCUCAGGAAAGGGCAAGAAAUUGGACAGGAUGGAGACUUGGACACCAGUUCCUAGACCUAUCAGCAAUUGGUGCUACUGUGACUUUACUCAAUGACUUUCACCCAGAACAGCAGCAUGUAUAAAGCUGCUGUUGACUUGGCUAGAGCAUGCCUAUUACAUUAGAUUCUGUAAGCAAAGGAAUCUGUACCUCGGGGGCAGACAGGCAGAUGGAGCGAUUGUAUGCAGCAUGCUAAGAGAGACCCAAGAUGCAUUCCAAGAGCUGGCAUGAAAGUUCAGACUUGGAGCCAUGUCAUUUUGUUAACUAGGGCAAUUCUGCAAACAGAGCUAAGCAUGCCAAAUUCAUAGCCUGAGAACAUGUCUCACAAUGACUGAAAAGGCAGUUUCUCUGAAGUGCUUAUGGUGUGGCCAUGUGUUGAGCCUGAAGGGUUUUUUUUGGUUUUUUUUUUAAAUCAACAACAUCGCUGCAGCAUCUUAAGCAGGAAGAUUCUCCCUGAUGAAAUGUAGACCACCCAAUUAAUCAUCCUUUUACUCAAAAUGACCUUUUAGCUAUUGCUUCCCAACUGCCACCACAUACCAUACGUUUCUGACACCUACACUUUCAGAUUCCUAGAUUUCUAUCAAAAUAUUAGUGAAAUAGAGCCAAGUACCACUGUGGUCUAUACCAAAAUAUACACCACAGCAUGGGACUAGAUUUGAACCUAAUUAUUCACAUAUGCUCCAUCUGAUGGAAGAAGGCAGGUAAACAUUUUACAUAGACGACACCUGUACUGAAUCUCCCCAACUCACAGAAAGCGAUUUGUCUUUCCCAGGUCCUAUUACUAUCAAUGUGACAUUAGUCACGAUGUUGUCCCAUUGAGACUGGAGCAUGACUAACUUUCUGUGGAAUUAGGCUUCUAAUUACAACGGGGGGUCGCAAGCCUACAGUCCAAGAAAUAGCCCAUCUCCCUACAGAGAAGUGAAGACUAAGGUGGCAGUCUUUGGAACAGAAUUUUGCUAUUCAUUUCUUACAACACAAGAAUGAGGAAGAGUUAGGGAAAGCCAGUUCUACAAUCGCCUCUGACAUAACCCACGCAAAAGUUAAACCCCAAGCAGAAACAGCAAUCCAAGCCAUAUGUAAACAGAUCUGCCUUUUGUUGCAAAUGGUUACUGCCAGCAUGGUACAAAAAACCCUUCUGCAGUGCACCGGUGUCUUUUUAUUGGGAGGUUUCUUACCAGUUGUAAAAUAGCCCCUCUUUUGUAUAUAGCCCUUGAGUCAUCUGAGUUCUUGCUGCUCAGUGGCUUUGGAUGUCGACUUAUGUGCAUGUGAUUUUUAAGGUAAUGAGAAUGUUUGUUGCAAUUAUAUGUAGCUGAAAUUCAUUGUCGUUGGCCUGCCAUCACUCGGAAAUUUAAUUUCGUAUUUUUGUCUACGUUUUUGACGUUCUCUUACGUGCCAAAACCAAAAAUCACCACCUCCAAGGGCAGAUUUUUUUCAUGUAUCCGAUUGACUGUUCUUCAGGAGCAACUUAAGUCAGGACUUAAGAACUUAUUUUCUUUGGACGGUGACUUGUUGCUUCAUCUGUUCUCCAUGGUGUCAUCGCGUAUCUGCAAGAUGUGAGCACUUUUUUCCUAACAGCUCAAUGUUAGAAUGGGAAGGUGUGUUAGAGGUCUGUUGCUCAGAAAGAUCCAAAGAUCUGAUACCUCUGUCCAUUGCAGAGAGGAAGGUGUGAUAUUCUUGCAACUAUGUAUUUGGAACAUAGAACCUCAGUCAGUGCUCCAGUUAGUCCUCCAAAGAUCAUUUGGCUUAACAAGAGAUGAUUUCUACCAGAGAAACCUGGAGCACAGCUGAAAAGGCAGCAAAAAUGAUCUGAAGUAAUGACAAGAUUUCAUGUGCUUCCCCUCGACUCCUUUUUAGAAGCUUGCCUGGUGAGGGGAUCUGGAACAGGGUAGAAUUUCCAUGUUUUGCACAAGCUCCUUCCCCAAAUAAUCCAGAUUCAUGUUUUUCUGAUGAGGAGGACUGCACCUCAGUAUCCCUUUAAAGUAACUGAGCCAAAUCUCCACCUUAUGCCAAGUCAGUGAGUGUACCUCAGAACCACAAAAUGCUCAGCGCAUCUCAGCAAUAGUGUUUAAAAAUCUAACAAUAGCUUCCCAUAGGUAGGAUGAUGGGACGGCCCGAAGACUAUUCUUUCAAACAAUUGCUUUGUUACAUGCCAAAUUCCCCACUUCCCACAGAACAUCUAACAAAAUUCCUAUUUUCAUUAUGUUGGAAACAGGGUCCCGCCUCCUUUCUCCAAUGUGGACAGGGUAUGAUGCAUUGUGGGAGGUGGUGUCAAAGGUCACCAGCUCUUUCCUGCCUUUCUGUAUCUCUUUUGCAGUGCUAAUUCUUAAUAUGCCUUACAGGUUUCUUUCCAUAUGUACCCAUGAGGCUCAAUGCUGGCUUCUUUUUAAAAAAAAUAUUAUUCUUUUGUAAUGUCUUGAAUUCAAAUUCUGGUCCCUUUUGAAAUCCAGGAUUGGAGUUCUUAAACAACCUAUUGCAUCAAAUGGGAAAGAAGCUAAUCCUGGAAUGAAGGUGAAUGCAUCUCCCCAAGCCUCCAAACCUUCCAUUUUUCAUUCCCUUUCUUUUUCAAGCUGAACAUUCCCUUGUUGUACCUCCUCUUCCACAGCUUGGAUUGUCACUGGGACCAGAAUGACUUUCUUCCUUCAGCCAUUUUUGGGUAUUCCAAAGUGCCAACAUAUAACUAAUUCCCAUCAGUAUCUUCCUUUAUUAAAGCAAGAUUAUUUGAAUUGCCAAUGUGGUUGAUAACUAGCCUUCUUCGGCAAAGGCCUUUACUUUAUAUUUUAUUUGCGAUUAAAUGCUCCCUAAUCUUGUUCAGUUAAUGCUUUCUGUGCCACCCAGUUCUAACUGGUGGUAAACCUGUGGCAGGGAUGUAUCACUUCUGACUUCAAGUGAUGGCUCUUUCUCUGACAUACAUUUCUCUAUGUACAUGGUGGCAGGUAGGUAGGUAGGUGAGUGCCUACAGACCAAGAAAGUAUGGCCCAGAGGCAGGUUUACUGCCUCAGUCAGAACUUGACCUAAAAAUCCACUGUCUUAAACCUGUUAUUGAGCCAUUUCCUCACAACGUAAUAUUGCUUUAUUAUUAUUAUUGUUAAAAACACUCUUCAUUUGUGAGCAGGACUUGCAUUUGCAUCUUCAUGUUAUGUGUCCAGGGUCUUUUGUACAAUCUGGGAAGUUUUUUUUUGGGGGGGGGAGGGCUUCUCUCCAAAGAGAUGCCACUUUUAUUACUGUUGCUGUUCAACUACAUUUGGAGAGAAGCCGCUUUUGCUGAAGGGGAAAUAUGGGUACCACAGUUUUGUGCCAGUGACGCUUGAAUAACUUAUAUGCUUUAUUUUUAAAUGUCUGCCCUAAGAAGAACCAGCUUCUUGUUGAAUACAAAAUAGAACAUAUACCAUGCUGGGGAAAGCUUCAGCCAGUGUGUGUAUGUAUGAGUGUGUACAUAUAUAUAUAGAUAUAGAUAUAGAUAUUAAUGUAUAAAGAUUCCUUUUUUUCAAGUAUGUACAUUUUAAAAAAAUCAAAUCAAAUAGGUCAGUUUAAAAUCACAGAUUUCUCUUCUGGUUUUGGUAUAGCAAUAAUGACGAUGAAUGCUAAUUUAAAUGAACAGUGUAAUUAGUCUUGCUUUUCUUCUUUGUCAAGGGCAAUUUUUUGAAAGAAAAAAAUGGUUCAAGGUUCCCUUUUGUGAACUGCCUGUCCCCUUUUUUCAUGCAUGAUCUUGACUUUGGUACAGACGCUUGCGCAGCUGGUGUCAGGCCUCGGAUUGGAGUCCAAAUGGCCUUUACAAUGAAUUCAUGAACCGAAGGAAGCAUUAAAAGAGUGUCAUGUGUUGGCCUUGUCCUUCCUUAUUCACUUCAUUUUUUCUUAAAGCAAGCCCACAAUAGAAGAAUCUGUUGGGAGUGAGGCUCCGGCCGUUGCUUGAAUGAAGUUUAAACAAGUCCGUACAUGGAUUUCUUCUGCUAUCACAAUUUUUUUUAAAAGCAAAAAACAAAUCACACGCAUUUUGUAAAAUCUCCAGAUAACUAUGCAGAGAAUGUGAUGAUCUCUCUCUCUCUCUCUCUUUCCCCCUCCCCACCUUUUUAGUGUCUGAAUACUUAACUCUUUUUUUGAAAAUAAAAUGUUUUGAAAAACUAAAA